CUCUCAUUGGCCAAUGUUUUGCCCAGUGCGGGGAUGCUGGCUUCGACAAGUGUAGAAAGAAGGGCCAGCCCCGUCCGAUUACGUGAUCAGUCGAUGGCCUCGCGCCAUGCCGUCUUUGGGUAGCCUCUUCACGCGAGAUGAGGAGUUCUUGUCGGCGCCCGGCCUCUAUCUUCGACGUGGUGCAUGCAAAGGGUGUUCGGGCUUCCUCUUCGUCUAUGAGACCUCAGCACAGGAGGCGGAAAUUUUUAGGCUGUAUGAAGUGGACUCUGAUGCAGAUACGCUGCUUAUUGUCCGCCCCUCAUCAGAGGUGACCAAAAACUCUGCAUUGGAACUCAAUGGUCACAAGGACGAUGGGCUGACCAACGGCCUCUCCAAGCCGCAUAUCAACGGCCAGAACUUCAGCACAGAGCUCCGGAUCAAGAACUCGUCAAUGCAUCUGAGCCUUGCCUCCCGCCACCUUUCCAACAAAAUUCGGCACAAUGCAGCUGUCCAGUCGGGUGGAAGAAUACACAUCCCCCUGGAAGAUGUCAAACCGGCUGCCGCAAUCGUGCCCUCACUGCUCAAACGUGUCAGCGGCAUCGCCGUGCCGCAAAGCACGGAGGUUGUUGGAACUUAUGGCUUGCCAAUCCGCCAGAAGAUCAUCACGCUUUUCAAGCCUCUCUCAACCGUUCUGGUGUACUGUGGCCCCCCCAACUCUACCAUCGACGGUGCCGGGUUUGGGGCCCUAAUCGAGGCCUCUCGGGAGAACGAGAAAAUGCACGAAAAUUGGCAGUCCAACAUCGGUUCCGUCUUCGUCAAGCCACUGUAUUCGAGCAAACCGAGCAAGCCAGAGACGCAUAGUGACCAGCCACAAGCCAUCGUUAUUCGGCAGCCGCAGUGUAUUGCAGGCUGA